AUGGCAGGACUUCAUCAGGACGACAAAGACGUGUACGGUGUCGAGCAGGUCGAAAACACCAAAAUGGAUCGUGACAAGUCCCCUGUCGACUCAGAGAGUCAGCUGGAGUUCUCGCCUGCCGAACAGAGGAAAAUCCUCCACCGCAUCGACCGCCGACUCAUCAUCACCGUUGGCGUAAUGUACUGUAUCAGUUUGAUGGAUCGAACAAAUCUGUCUGCAGCUGCAAUCGCUGGAAUGACCACCGAAUUGAGAUUGAUCGGGUUCAGAUAUUCCAUCAUAACGCUGGUGUUCUUCAUAUCCUAUGUGAUCUUUCAGCCACCCGCCACGGUCGCUUGCAAGAAGAUCGGCCCUCGCAGGUUCCUCUCUUCCAUCACUUUCAUGUGGGGAUGCGUGAUGAUCGGCAUGGGUUUCGUCAAGACCUGGGACACUCUCGCAGGACUGAGAGUGAUACUGGGACUGUUCGAAGCCGGCUUCUUCCCGGCGUGCGUCUACUUGUUGAGCACGUGGUAUUUGCGAUAUGAAAUGGGCAAGCGAUACGCAUACUUUUACAUCCUUGGCAUGUUCGCCUCAGCCUGCGCUGGUAUCCUGGCAUACGGUCUUAUGCAGAUGGAUGGCUUGGCAGAUCUGGGUGGUUGGAGAUGGAUUUUCAUCAUGGAAGGCAUCAUCACCGUCUUAGUCGCAAUCGUAGGAUACUUCUUCUUGGUGCCCUUCCCCGACGACAGACCUGACAAAUGCUGGGGCUUCUUGAACGAGCGAGAAGUGGCAUUCGUCAUUGCCAGAGUCGAGAAAGAUCGUGCUGAUACAACGACGGAGCCUUUCUCGCUCGUCAAGUUUCUGCGGCCUGGCCUCGACCCCAAAGUCUGGGGUUUCGCUUUGAUCUUUUGCUGCUUGACGACAGUCACAUAUGCGCUGGCGUUUUUCUUACCGAUCAUUCUUCGCGAAGGCAUGGGCUUCAGCGUGGGCGCUGCGCAAUGUCUUGUCACGCCUCCCUACGCCUUUGCCGGCAUUGUGAUGUACAUCACCGGCUGGAUUGGCGACAAGUACCAUGUGAGAGGACCUCUCCUCGUCUUCAAUGCAGUGCUUUGCAUCAUCGGCCUCGCCAUGAUGGGCUGGGUCGACAGCCUCGGCGUUCGAUACUUCGGUGUCUUCUUCACCUGCGCAGGCGCGAAUGCCAACAUUCCCCAAUGCAUGUCUUACCAAGGCAACAACAUCCGAGGCCAAUGGAAGCGUGCGUUCUGCAGUGCAACUCUCGUUGGGUUUGGUGGCAUCGGCGGCAUUGCUGGGAGCUUGGUAUUUAGGAGCCAGGACUCUCCUGAGUAUCUUCCUGGACUCUGGGCAUGUAUGGCCGCCUGCUUGAUCAUCAUUGCGACCGUUGGAGUAUUGGAUACGUACUUCUACUUCGCCAAUACCAAAGCCGAUCGUGGGGAGUUCGCUAUCGAGGGUGCAAAGGACGACUUCAGGUAUACCUAUUGA